AGAGAGGAUUAGAUGCAUUCAUAAUCCGGUUUAGGGUUUGCAAGGGAGAUGCGUGUGGCUGUAGUGCAAAAGAGGAGCAUUAGGACCCUGUAAUAGGUGUGACCAGGAUUUCCCCACGGGCUUCGGGCGCGCAGCAGAACGCAUGCGUCUUGGCCGCUUUCACUGGAUCCCAAUCUGGGAACGUGAACGGGAGUUAACCCUGAUGUACCUGCUUAAAGGAACCGCCGUCCUCGCGACAGACGUCAGGCACAGGAACAGGUAUAGAAAAUAGUUUUUUUUGUGUUUGAAUUUUUUUUAUUAAACGGCAAUAACAUGAAGAAUAUUUAAUUUAAGUCAGGUCAGGUUGAGGCAAAUGGAGGAAAUGUCUCUCUUUAUAUGAAAUUGAGCGACGGAGAUUCUAUUGGAUUAAGUGUAGUUCAAGAGAGACCAAAUACCGCGCGAGUGAUUAAACAUCAUGAAACACCAAAAGUCAAAAAUGCGAGGACCCGAGACCGCUAGAGUUGUGCUCAUUCAACCUUAUCCUUGGAUUAUAAUGGCCUGAUUUCACAGAGGGAAAGAGAAAUGAUUCAACUGUCGGGGUCUCAACACACUGAAGUUUUCUGCGCUCUGGAGGGAACCGCUCCUUAUGACUCCUAUCUGUGAUAAACACGCCGGCGGGACAAGGGACGAGACUAUCCAGCACAAUGUCUAAAGUGAUACUGAAAAAAAACCACUGGACAAACAAAGUUAACGAAUGUUCAAUAUGCAAAAACGGUCGCGGAGAGUUGACCGUGGAUUUGCGUGGCGGCGCGGAGAAUGGAGAGUUUCCGUACGUUGGGGAAGUGCGAGAAGAUGCGGUGCUUUAUCAGUACGGACAGCUGUCCGACGGGGAAUUAGUGUUGGAGGUCGAGGGCUUGCCCGUGUCCGGACUGCCCCUAUAUGAUGUGCUGACAAUCAUAAACACUUGCAAAAGUCCUAUCAGGAUUAAAACCGUAAGACAAGGCCAUCGUCUCAAUAAGGACCUGAAGCACUACCUGAGCCUCCGCUUCCACAAGUCAUCCCCUGACCAUGAGCUGCAGCAGGUCAUCAGGGACAACCUGUACCGCCACGCCGUGCCCUGUACCACCCGGCCCCCGCGGGAAGGAGAGGUUCCAGGGGUGGAUUACAACUUCCUGUCCGUGCCGGACUUCCUGGAGUUGGAGCAGAGUGGCACUCUUCUGGAAGUAGGAACUUACGAAGGUAACUAUUAUGGAACACCCAAACCGCCAAGCCAGCCCCCCUGUGGGACAGUGAUUACCCAGGAUGCACUGCGAGACGGCCUCACAGGUUCCCAGAAUUCCACCCCCAAGCGCACCAAGUCCUACAAUGACAUGCAACAUGCAAGAGUAGUGCCAGUGGACAACGGGGAUGACGACAUUGUUGCAGACAUGAACAACACUUUCACAGAGUUCUUAGCGCGUAGUCUCUUCCCCUCUCCCCUGUUGUGUGCAGGAGACACUGGUCGGCAGGAAGUGCACGGCGUUGUGCGAGAGAACGCCCCCUCCUACACGCUCAACAACGCCAUCGCCUCGCCGCCGGUAACCCCCGCCAGCCCCCAUCAUGCUCAGCUCCCUCCUGAGGAGGACCCUCUGGGGCCGCUGCCUGAGAACUGGGAGAUGGCCUACACUGAGAAUGGAGAGGUCUACUUCAUAGACCACAACACAAAGACAACCUCAUGGAUGGACCCCCGUCUGGACAAGGAGCAGAAGCCACAGGAGGAGUGUGAGGAUGAUGAAGAAGGUGUACACACUGAAGAGACAGAAAAUGAACUAGAAUUGCCACCUGGUUGGGAGAGAAUAGAUGACCCUGUCUAUGGAGUGUAUUAUGUGGAUCACAUUAACAGGAAGACUCAGUAUGAGAACCCGGUGUUGGAGGCUCGCCGUAAGCAGCAGCUCCAGUCCCAUCAGCCACCAGAAGGUGAGCGCUACAUCCGAGAGUGGAUAGAGGAGCAUUCGUCUGCUGGAGGCCCGCUGGCCUCGUACGCUCCCAACCACCUGGAGACAUACAGAGACCCCCAGCCAGGACCCCCCACCUUGCCUCCUCUCCCCGGGACAAAACGGGGUAAGCCCUUCUUCACGCGUAAUCCCGCCGAGCUGAAAGGGAAAUUCAUCAACACCAAGCUGAAGAAGAGCCACCGGGGCUUCGGUUUCACCGUGGUGGGGGGAGACGAGCCGGACGAGUUCCUGCAGAUCAAGAGCCUGGUGCUGGACGGACCUGCUGCCGUGGACGGCAAGAUGGAGACAGGCGACGUGAUAGUGAGCGUGAACGACACCAUUGUGCUGGGCUACACGCACGCGCAGGUGGUCAAGAUCUUCCAGUCCAUCCCCAUCGGCUCCAUGGUGGAGCUGGAGCUGUGCCGUGGCUACCCGCUGCCUUUCGACCCCGACGACCCCAACACCAGCCUGGUCACCUCUGUGGCCAUAAUGGACAAGGAGCCCAUCAUUGUUAACGGCCAGGAGACCUACGAGCCGCCCUCCGCCCUCAUGGGACCCCCGGGUAUUGGUGGCGCCGCCGUGGCCGGACCCCAGGCCGGGUCGCUCAACGGCAGCCGUGAGCCGCUCCUUCCCUACGGCUCGAUGAUGGAGAUGAUGGGUGGCAUCGGUGGCAUCGGCGGCAUUGGCGGCAGCGACGGUUGCCUGGGCUACAACAGCGACGUGACGCUGGCUUCCAGCAUCGCCACGCAGCCAGAGCUGAUCACCGUGCAUCUGGAGAAGGGCGACAAGGGCUUCGGCUUCACCAUCGCCGACAGCCUGACGGGCGGCGGACAGCGCGUCAAGCAGAUCGUGGACUACCCACGAUGUCGCGGGCUCAAGGAGGGCGACAUCCUGGUGGAGGUGAACAAGCGAAACGUGCAGAACAUGAGCCACAACCAGGUGGUGGACCUGCUCAGCAAGUGUCCUCGUGGGAGUGAGGUCACCAUGCUUGUGCAGAGAGGUGAGGGAGUGGUGCCGCCCAAGAGGAGCCCCAAACUGGUGCAGCUGGAGCGGAAGGACAGCCAGGGCAGCUCGCAGCACAGCGUGUGCAGCCAGCGCAGCGUCCACACCGACUCGCCGCUGCGGGCCGUGCCCUGUGUGCCCUGCGUGCCCGUGCUGCCCCCCGACGCUGUGGCCUCGUCGCCCGCUGUGCCCCCGGCCCCCACCCAGCCCUUGCCCAGCCUGCCGCCCCACGACCCACCGCCUGACGGCACGCUGCAGAAGAAGCCCGACCCCUUCAAGAUCUGGGCCCAAUCCAGAAGCAUGUACGAGAGCCGCAUGCCAGACUCUCAGGAGCAGGACAUCUUCUUGUGGAGGAAGGAUACAGGCUUUGGCUUCAGAAUACUGGGUGGAAAUGAACCGGGAGAGCCGAUCUACAUUGGGCACAUAGUGAAGUACGGGGCAGCCGACGAGGACGGGCGUCUGCGCUCUGGGGACGAGCUGAUCUGUGUGGACGGGACGGCGGUGGUGGGGAAGUCCCAUCAGCUGGUGGUGCAGCUCAUGCAGCAGGCCGCAAAACAGGGACACGUCAACCUGACUGUGCGGCGCAAGGCAGGAUUCGUGUGUAAGGGCGAGGGUGACGUGCCUCCAUCCCCGGCCUCCUCCCACCACAGCAGCACCCAGGCGCCGUCUCUGACCGAGGAGAAGCGCACGCCGCAGGGCUCCCAGAACUCCCUCAACACCGUCAGCUCCGGCUCGGGCAGCACCAGCGGCAUUGGCAGCGGCGGCGGCGGGGGGUCCGGCAGCGCCGUGGUCUCCGUGGCGCUCCAGCCCUACGACGUGGAGAUCCAGCGCGGCGAGAACGAGGGCUUCGGGUUCGUCAUCGUCUCGUCCGUCUCCAGGCCCGACGCCGGCACCACGUUCGCCGGAAAUGCAUGUGUGGCCAUGCCCCAUAAAAUAGGGCGCAUCAUCGAGGGCAGCCCUGCGGACCGCUGCGGCAAGCUGAAGGUGGGCGAUCGCAUCCUGGCCGUCAACGGCUGCUCCAUCACCAACAAGUCCCACUCCGACAUAGUCAACCUGAUCAAGGAGGCCGGCAACACAGUCACCCUGCGCAUCAUCCCUGGAGACGAAUCCUCCAAUGCCUCUCUCCUAACCAACGCUGAGAAGAUUGCCACCAUAACCACCACACACACACCUCAGAACGAGCCUAGGAACAAUGCUAAAUCCAAACAGGCUCUCCAGUCUACUGCACAAACACAGUCAAACCAGGAUGCGGAGUACUACUCGGUAGACCUGGAGAGGGAUAGUAAAGGUUUUGGCUUCAGCCUGAGAGGGGGCCGGGAGUACAACAUGGACCUGUACGUGCUGAGGCUUGCCGAGGACGGAUCGGCAGUACGGAAUGGCAAGAUGAGGGUGGGAGAUGAGAUUCUGGAGAUCAACGGCGAGAGCACCAAGAACAUGAAGCACUCGCGCGCCAUCGAGCUCAUCAAGAAUGGAGGCCGCCGCGCACGGCUUGUCCUCAAGAGGGGAGAUGGGUCCGUGCCCGAAUAUGACGGGCCCAAUGACGGGUACCCUCCCUCACCCGGGAAAAAUCUUUCGGAAGUGAGAACUCUGCCGCCAAACAGCCGAUUCCACAUUCCAUCCGAGUCCAGCUACUCACCCGACUACCACACCCCACCACGACACAAGGAGCAGUGGAGAGACAGAGAGAGCGACAGAGAGAGAGAGGACAGGAGGGACUAUGCCCAAGUCCCCGCGAGCCAGCAGCAGCAGCAGCAUCUUCAUCAUCAGCAGCAGCAGCACCCUUCUUCCCAGCACCAUCCACAACACCACCUCACCUGGAACAACCAGCAGCCGCCAUCGCCGGACGACCCCAAGAAGAGCAACCGCCGCAAGGUGAAGAAGUCCGAGUCGGAGAGCGGCAUCGCCAAGCUCUUCAAGACACUACGCAAGGAGGGGGGCUUCGGACGUAAGUCGGCUGAGCGGGACCCCCAGGGCGGUAGUGGCACCCUUGGCCGGCGUGGUGGCCGCUCCCCCGAGAGGAAGGGGGCGCAGGCCCGGCGCGGCUCUCUGGACCGUUCGCCGACCCGCCGCCGCAACCCCUCCCCAGACCGGCGCCGUGCCAAGUCCAUGGACCGGCGGGCGGAGUACCGCGACCGCACGCCGGAGCGCGCGGCCUCCCGCCAGUCCACCCACACCCUCCUGCGCCUGGCCCACACCCCCGAGCGGCCGCUGUUCUUCCAGUCCCCGGGGCGCGAGCCCCACACGCCCGGCCGCAGCUCUCUGCUGCGGGACGCCUCCACCCCCGAGCGCGCCAACAACGGUCAGGCCAUGGCUGCGGCGACCAUGGGCCGCGGACGCACCCCCGAGCGGGGCCUGAAGAAUGGGAACGUGCUGCGCGACGGCGAACGUGACGAUGUCUGGGGCCUGAAUGGCACGCCGCAGAGGCGCUACCGAUGCGAGUCCACCUCGGACAGCAGCAGCUGCAGCUACCGUGACGAACCGCUCGCCGCCCGCCUCAAGGACUACUACAGCACCAACACACUCAAGUCCUGCGGCUCCAAUGGCUACCCCGCUACCCGGGGCCCCGGCGGCCAGCCCCAGCUCCCCGAGCCCAAGAGGCGGCUGUACAAAGACAACCACACCGACCUUAGCAUUUGACUCCCGCCAGGGCUACUGCACUGCACUCGCUCUCUACCGCCACCUGUUGGACUACUGAGGACUACUGAGCUGUGAAACGGAUCCAUGCACUGCUUGCUUGAUGGAUGUUCCUGGUCGGUUUACAUACAUAAGCAGUUUGAUAUAUUGUGUGGUUGACCGUUUGGUUGGUUGACUGAAAUAUGUUGAUUGAUAGAUUUUGAUGUUGAAAUGACUGGUGAUUGAUUGGAUGUUUGCCUGAUUUGGUUGAUUUGGUGAUUUGGAGUUCCUCCUGUGUCCCCGCUGAAUUUCACAGCCCUUAACACAGCAGAAGUACAAUCUUUUAGUUUUGUUGUUUUUUCGUUUGUUGUGCUAAUUAGAGAGUAUGAGAAAGGGAGAAAGAGAGAGAGAGAGAGAGAGAGAGAGAGAGAGAGAGAAUGCUGUGGACAAGUAUGGGAGAAAGUAUGUAAGUCUGUAUGGUGAUUUGUAUGUGUGAUCCAUGAAUGAGUUUUUAGAAAUCCAGGCCUGUUUGUUUGGAAGAUAUUGCUAUACUAUAGCUUUUAUUCUGAUGUUAUUCUGAUGAGUCACAAAUGCACCAGCCAAAAGUGUGGAAACCUGGUGCUGAGAUUUCAGAGUGGUUUUUAUCGGACUCCUGUGUGUUUGUCUCUUUCCUCCCUCCCCUCCCCCCUCCCACUGCCUUCCCAGGCAGGAAAUAGCACAAGCCUUGAGACACUCUGUACAUGUGAUGAAUGAAUGCCUAGACCGGCUGGCAGCAGACUCUGACACAGGUCUGGCCCUUAUCGGGCAGGUACACUCACGCUCACGCACGCUCUGGGCCUGGUCCGGUCCGGUGUCGUGUCAGAUCAGCGCCCGAUUCACACUAUUCAGCUGCUGAUGAUGUGUGUGAUCGCUGCAAAUGAAGGCAAAAAAAACACUGUAGAAGAUUACAAAAAAAAGAAAAGAGUAAAAAAGUAAAGUGAAUGCUAACUACAAUGCUACUGUUGUCGAAAUGAAGUAAUAUAUUUAAAGAAACAAAUAAAAAUCCUUUGUGAAGAUGUUUUAUUUUCCUGAAACUAAUUGACACAAAAGCAAAUAGGCUGAGGGCAGAAUGGACGUAGGUACACUGGCUCUAAUGAAAGCCUCACUCUUCCUCUCAUUGGUUUUUUGUUCAGCCAAAAUCAACACAAACGUAUUUGAUUUCCAAAUUACUUUACUAUCCUCCAAUACAUUUCUGGGGCAGAAAGGAUAUUUUUUCGGCUUUUGUUGAUUGUUAACAUGAUAACAUUGCUAACAAGGAAUGGACGUCCUGUCCUGCUAACACAUAGUGAUAUACUUAUGUUACAUAUGUUUUCUAUCUUCGGCAAGUGUUUAGACAAAGUUUUAGGCCCAUAUUUAGCCCAGACAAGAGCAAUGUUAUGGAUGUAACGGUCAUCAAAAGAGAAGCCCACAUUUGUGUCCCAGUCCUUUAUUAGAGACCUGACUGACUGGGCGAAAAGUAGGUAGAGGUUCAGUGUUCAUUUUGGCUGAACCAUCACUUUAAGUCACCUUUUUCAACCAAUCAAAUUAUUUUAAUAGCCCUAUCUCCACAAAACAUACCGAUCACUCCCAUCCACAAGACAGACAGGGAGAAGAUAGAUGACCAGCUUUGGGAUUUUUUUUUUUUUCAUUUUGGGAAAGCAAAAGGCUUGUGACCCAUUGAAUUAAGUAUAAUUUAGAGAGACUGACGAAAUACAAGAUGUUUCCCUUGAGAGUUUACAAGGCAGCGUGCUGGAUUGGUCUGGGGAUUUUGUUGAUGGCACAGAGUAAGGAACUUUAUUUGAGUAUUCAGUGGUUGUAGUUUUGGUGAUAAACAGCUCUUGUUCCAACGCUUGCCUCUGUGAGUUCAUGUCUAGUUCACAGCCCUUAGGAGGUCUAAACCAACCCCUUGCUCAAAGCCACAGCAGCUAUUAUCUUUUUGGUCUGCUGCAGAAACAUGAUCGCCCCCUGCAGCAGAAAUUAGCACACCAUCCUCCUGCAGGUUUGCUGGCUGUACGGUCAGAUUGGAUGAUUUACACAGGCUCACGGCCCAUGUUCGCUGUGUCAGUAUGCGAGAUGAGGUGUGUGUGUGUGUAUGUGUGUUUGCUACUCUAGUCCUCUGCUGACCCACAGGCUGUCUCAUUGCUGCGCCCUUUCUCUCUCCUUUCCAAUGAUGGUCCUUUGUGCUAACAGUUUGAUCAAAGACCUGUCAGGAACCGCCGAAGUAAUGUGGAACAGAAUCAAUCUGCCCGGCUGAGCCAAGCUUUGUCAGAACACUGGGGGCGUGACUGAUGUGAUGCUGUGUAGAGUUUGUGUGUGUUUGCGUGCGUUGAGUAUAUGUAUCAGUGUGUUUGUUAUGGGCGUGUUUGCGUGUAAGCAUGUGUGUACAGUGUAUAUUUUUUGUGUGUGAACACAUGAAAACGACAUGUAACCAGUAACCAGACAAACCCUGACCAACACUGAGCGUGCUCUAUCGUCACUGUCGUCGCCAUGGUACUGUAACUACCGAUCUAUCUGCGGACCAUCACCUGUACAGAAUUUUACUACUGUAUGUAAACUAUAGAAACCUGUGGACGACAAACUGUUGCCUUUUUUCAUGUACAGAAGAGAAAUUUAUGAGAAAACCUCUUGCCGUGAGGGAUGUGAUUUGUGUUUCUAUCUCUGAAAUUAGGAUGGGAGAGGGAGGGAGAGGGGGAAUGUGAAAUGUAGGCUACUGUAACUCUGAAUCAGAUGUGCAACGGUGUUUGGAAACGGGGCAAAAAAAAAGAGACUGUAUUAGUCAAUGAAGAAGCUACUGUAUGCGUGGGUUUGGAUAGCUCUCUCGAUGGUUAGCCUGCCUUUGUAUUAUAAAAGCACUUGUUAUGCAGUCUGUGUUCUCUCUGAAUCAUCCCUCUCGCGAUGUUAUCCAGACUUCACGCUCUUUCUAUGUCGAGAAAAAAAAGCAGUACCGUGUAUAUGGGCCAAUUUUUUUUUUUUUUUUUUUAUAAAACACUAUGCAUAUAUAAAUACUACAUUGUUCAUAGCUUUAUGUAAAAUCAUGAGGCUAUACAUAACAUUAGUCUAAAGUACAAGUAGAUGUGGACUUACCCAGUAAAGCUUUUUUUUUUUUUUUUUCUGUUCCUUCAGAUGGAUCACAAUGUAUAUGUAGCUAUUAAAAAGAAGUCUGUGAAUGCUAUUUUUAUUAUCAAAUAAAGUUUUCCAUACAAAUACA